UAAAACGUGUUUCAUGUUACUUUGGUUUCCCUCAAAUGCUAGCUUAAACUCGAAGGAAUGAGAAUACCAGUAGGCCUUCUGGCAGUCGGUUAUUUGUGCACCAUAACGCGCUUUUUUCUUAAUAUUGUAUGGUGGUGAAAAACGUACCUGUAACAACAUUUAUCUCAGACUUAUGCUCCGAUUUUAGCUCGAUGAACACAUCUUCACCCUAGGAUUGACCAUCUUUCAUAUAAGCUUAACGGGGAAUCACCCUUUCUGUUAUCAUUCUAAGACCCAGCCAUUUGCAAUCUACUCUGUUUGUUCCAUUCACCGCUGAUAAUGACGUCGUGAGACUUCUAUAGUCUAGUCCAAAGGUGUGCGUCGUUUCAGGACUAACCGAACACACAGCGGUGGCGACAGUUUGAAUAAACGUUCUCACGAAAUAGAAUAAAAGAAACUCACUGAGGGAGAUAUUAGCGGAUAAAGAGGAGACGAGUAGAUAAUACAACAUGAAUAAUACCAUUUUGGAUCUCGCCCAAUAGACCGUAAAUGCGGAACAACCUUUCUGAAAAAAAAGAGAGGGAUGUGUUUCUCAUGUCGUUGUAAGGGACGCCAUUUCGUACAGUUAUACGACAAACUAUACAUGUGGGAUAUAUUGGUAUUAUUUUAGCGGAGUUGACGCUUUACUUUAUUCUCAGAACUGGAAUUGUUCAGUAUCAGCAAUCAUCGAAGUUUGAGAAUAACUUGUUGAAUGCGAAGUAGGGGUGUAGCUGCCAGUGGGGCGUGUACUAUACUUUCUGGAGACGAUCGAUCUAGGGUCUAAGCAAGCCUUCACAGACCCGAAUUAGACGCUCCGUUUCAAUUUCAGCGUUGAUCAACUUUCAACACCUUUAUGGAGUUCAGUCAUGACGCCCUCUAUAUGAAACACCUGAUCAGGGCACCGUAAUAUUGUGUGAUGAUUAUCACUCAUUAUCAUAUCUGUCAACGACUCGGCUGUCAUCGAUGUCAACUAACCAAUCACCAACUCAACCAGCUGUGACGACAUCUUCGACGAAUAUGGAUGGAUCUUCGGUUAACACAGGUGCCAUAAUUGGAGCUGUUGUAGCAGUUGUUGUAGCCAUUGUUGUUGUGGGCCUUGUAGUGUACUUCUGGUGCUAUUUCAAAAGAAAGAAGCAAAGUCAUAGUUUUCCGGAAAGUCAUCCGAUUGGAGACCAAGCUCCCACUUUCCGUGUCCUCUCUACGUGGGAAGAAGCGAUAACCAACCAAGAAAAACAAAAGGAUGCUCCAGAAUACACUCCCGUGCAGAUGGAUUACUCCACACCAGACUUAAUAGCUGGGACUAAUGAUAGUGAAGUCAUUCAGAAUAAUCAAUAUGAACGAUUACGAAAUACAAAAAUCACGUCAGAAACUUCGAAAAUGCCGACGAUUGCCGAGGACGUCAAUGAACGCCCGCUGUCGGUAGGAUUCGAUAAUCCAGGAUUUGAUAUAGGAUUGGACGAAAUAUUUGAAACACCAUUAUUUAACGGGCCAAUUAAGUUGGGUCGGGAAUUGAGUAGAGAAGAGGAGAGUGAUAAUGAAAGAAACUUAAGUCAAUCUCCAACUGAUCUUGGACAGAAUUUUUCGAUAAUUGCGACUGAUCCUCCGGAUGAUCCUCCUUACGAUCCCCCUGACGAAACAACGAUCGAAAGUCAUAAUAAAGAAGACGAUCGUGUAUCAACAAAAGAGAGUGAAUCAUCCGAUGAUGUGAAUGUUGAUACUGAAGAUGUGUCAGAAAAGACUGAAGAGGUGAAUGAUACUAAUUCGGAGGAUAUUGAUGAUAGCCACGAUAACCCUGGUUUUGAAAUGGAAGAGGAUAUCAAUGCUACCAGUACAUCUCCAGAAUCACCAACAGAGUUUGAUACCGAAAACGAUAUCGAUGCUACCGAUAUGCCAUCAGAAUCACCAGCAUCGUCAUCGGACGUCGAUAAUCAUGAUAAUUGUACUUGAACAUAGGUGCAAUAAGAUUAGCUGGAGAUCAAAGCAAUUUAAGAGGAUGAGGAUGGUGUAAAUGCCAUGACUGCCAUUACGAAAUGUGUGGAAAAGUCAACAGUAAUGAUUAGUUUUCAGAGGCAUACGGAAUCACUGACAGCAAGUAAUAAAAAGCCAGGAAACCUUUCAUGAAGCAGUUUGCGAGUGAUUUUCAUGGACAACUGUUAUAAGCCACUGAAAUACUGUCAUUCGAUUGGCUAAGAGCAAAUCUAUUGGUGAAAACAAUUGAUAACUAUUGCUUCAUGACUUUGUAUCUGAAUUUCUCUUUGAUAAUACAUUGGUUAUGUCUUUGGAAAUAACGCAAUGUCUUUGGUUUCAUCAACAGUUCUGUCCGACUAUAAUUGUCAGAUCUAAAAAGUUUCCUCGAUUUUGAUUUGAUAAGAAGCUCUGUUUCUAUGGCAACUGUCUGAUAAAACAGACUUGAUUGGAUGAAAUGUCCCAUAUGUCAUCCUGGGGGAAACGCUGACAUGGCGUCGUCUGUGUGACGUCUGUGCAGGAUGAGACCCCUCCCUUAAGCCCCCACCCUUCUCAUUUCUUCCUGAUAAUUAUUGAUCAGACCCCUCCCUAAAGCCCCCACCCUUCUCAUUUCUUCCUGAUAAUUAUUGAUCAGACCCCUCCCCAAAGCCCCCACCCUUCUCAUUUCUUCCUGAUAAUUAUUGACCAGACCCCUCCCCAAAGCCCCCACCCUUCUCACUUCUUCCUGAUAAUUUUCCACUGCAAUGGCCUACACUUCAAUAGUGAGUAGUGAAACGUAAAUUCAUGAUGCAUUAUUGUUAUCAACUGACUGAAAACAUUGAUGUGAAAAUGGUUGGGUCAAAUGAGAUGAACGAAAAAUUGCAUUUUUAUCGUCCCGUUGAGUGAAAUAAUUAUCAUAAAAAAUUGCAUAAUGUUUUAUUAAGUCAGUCUAUUGAAAAGCAAGGAUGUAUAUAGGGCGACGGGAUAAAACAGAUCGUCA